CAGGCCUGCUUUGAUCCGAUAUCGAAAAAAUGGCGAAGAUUCCGGAGAUAAGGCUGCGUGAUGGCGUGAGGGCCAUGCCGGCUGUGGGAAUGGGGACGGCCGACAUGCCCUUCGCGCCGGCGAGCACGAAACCGGCCAUCCUUCAUGCCAUAGAGCUCGGCUAUCGCCACUUCGAUACGGCCACAUUGUAUGAGACGGAGCAGCCUCUCGGGGAGGCGAUCGCCGAAGCGCUGCGUAUCGGCCUCAUCUCUUCGCGCAGCGAGCUCUUUAUUACUUCUAAGCUAUGGUGCGAUUCUGCACAUCCUCAGCUUGUCGUCCCCGCUCUACAGAAGUCGCUCAGAAAUCUGCAAGUGGAUUACAUUGACCUUUAUCUAAUCCACAUGCCAAUGAGCUCAAGGCAAGGCACAUGCCGCUUCCCUAUAAGUAGGGAAGAUGCGCUUCCCUUGGAUAUCAAAUCAGUGUGGGAAGCCAUGGAAGAUUGUCUCAAGCUUGGUCUUACCAACUUGAUUGGAGUCAGCAAUUUUUCUCCUUGCUUAAUUGACAAGUUGCUUCUUACAGCUAAAGUACCUCCAUUUGUAAACCAGGUGGAGAUGCAUCCUGCUUGGCAGCAAGUGAAGUUAAGAGAAUACUGCAAGGAGAAGGGAAUUCAUGUGACAGCAUACUCCCCAAUCGGUGGAUACAACGGUCCGCUGCUCAAAAACCAACUCAUGGACUCUGACGUGCUCAAUGAUAUAGCCAAAGCCAGAGGAAAAACUUUCGCACAGAUAUGUUUGAGAUGGGUGCACCAACAAGGCGUCAGCUUGGUCGUGAAGAGCUUCAACAAAGAGAGACUAAAAGAGAAUCUUCAAUUUUUGGAUUGGGAGCUAAGCGAAGAAGAAUGCCGAAAGAUUAGCCAGAUUCCCCAACGUAAGAACUUUCAUCUCGAGUCAAUUCUCCCGGGUGAAGAAAAGUUGUGCUUCAAUAUUGCAGAGUUUGAGUUCUAUUGAGUCUAUGUUUGGGGUGACGGUGUGAUGUCUGUUUGAUAAAAU